UCUUGUGCAAAUUAUUUAACUUUAUAUGGUGGGCUGGUCCUCAAUGUUUUUCUCUUUUUCUCACUCCACACUCCUGUUCUUUGUCUCUCCGAGUAGGAAAACAAGAAAAAAAAAUCUAAAAACUGAUUCGAUUUUAGUUUUCUAAUUCUUUUUUUUGAGUACGCUUAUCCCGAGAAUUGGUUAUGGAAUUUUGGAUUUUCUUGAUUGGCAUGUGACAUUGGGUUUUACCAAACAAGGCUUUGAGCUCAAGAGAAAUAGCAAAUGAUUGCAUUGGUUCUGCAAUUUUUUUUCGUGGGGUUCUUUCUUUUGCUUCACUUCUGUGAGUUCUAAGGUGGGGAGGCCUAUCUAUCAGUGAUGCUAAAUUGAGUCAUGGACUUAAACUUCGACAAGUACUGUCUUCUAGAUGGUAGUCCCACAACCGUGCUACCAGUUCCUAGGCCUCGUUCGUGUGUGGUGAGUAGAAAACCAAGUGGAAAGCCCGGAUUUGGAAAUGAGACACCAAGCCUCACUGGAGAGUUUGAGACUGAUUUUGGUGACUGCUAUAGUGGGUCCUGUAGAGAUGUCCUGUUCCAGGGAAUUAGUCGAGAAGGUGGUGAAGUACUGAAGAGAGAAUCGGUGUAUCAGAGUUCCAGAAAGACUAGUCUGGUUCAGGAAAGGGGUGCUGCUGUUGGGAGGAAGAAGAUUGAGUUCUCUCCACGAACUGCAUCCGCAUUCCCAAUAGGAAUCAUUGAUUCAUUGUGCAGUUCGGAUGAAGAGAGCUCUGUGAUGUCUUUCUUAGAACAAAGUACGGCUUCUGGUUAUGGAAAUGGCGCAUAUGAUGAUUCUGCCAUCACUCUGGAGUUCGACACUGCUGCUACUGAAGAAGCUAGUAGUCUUCAAGCAAAAGAUCUAUCUUUCAGUUUGCACAGGUCGUUAUCUGCAAGAUUUGGUUCGCCCCGUUCACCUGCCAAUACGGGGCGUGAUAGCUCAAGAUCCAGCAGCAGUUCGAGGGGCAGGUUUAGUCACGUUAAGAAUAUGCUCGACCCUUUUGUUAAGUCCAUGUCUCGCAGAAGUCCAUUGAGUAAUUACAAUGACUUACAUGGAGAAUUAACGAGUGGUAGAUCGACGUUGAGUGGCAUAUUAGAGAAGCCACACCAUGUUGAACACAAUCAUCAAUAUGAGGAGAAAGAAAACCAUAAUUCAGCCCCCCAGUGUUCUCCAGCACACCUACACGGCCUUCUUAAGACGGGAAGUAAGCACGGAACGCCCUUUUUCCAGUUUUCAGUUAAGUCGCCCGAAGAUGUUUAUGUGGCAAAGAUAUGGAAAGUUGGAAAUGCUUCAACUUGGGUUUACACGUUUCAUAUGCUUCCUAAUAAAAGAAAACGUGGUACUAGUGGAUGGGGGCUUAAAGAAUGCAACAGAGAAUCAUCUAUGGUUGGAUGGAUGCAUGUUACAUGUCGCCUGCAUACAGAGUUUGAAGGUGCAGGGGAGUCGAACGAUUCCAUGAUGACAGAGUUUGUGUUAUACGAUGUUUUACAUUCAAGGAAAAGCACUGGUUGCACUGGUCAAUUUGUGUCAUCUGCAGCAGCUACAUUACCCCCUGAGCUAGAAAUUGCAGCCAUUGUUAUGCAGGUCCCAUUGGAGAAGAGAGAGAGCCUCAAAUUUAAGAGUGGAGAUAAGAAGAUUGAUGCGACGUCUCCUAACUUGCUAGAUCACUGUCGGCUUGGAAAAGCAAAAGAAGGCGUUUCUGAUACUUCAAGUCCGGGAAAUCUGCAUGUUGUGAUACCAGCUGGAAACCACAGUUUGCCUGCCAAUGGAAGCUGUGGCCCUUCACCAUUACUCGAUAGAUGGAGGUUGGGUGGUGGAUGUGACUGUGGUGGCUGGGACAUGACCUGCCCUCUCAGUGUUUUCACAAACAAGAUUGCUGAGGAGCAUCAGACUGAGCUCUUUGUUCAGGGAAGAAAAGACAAUACACCGGCAUUUUCCAUGAAGGUGAUCGAGGGUGGGAAAUACGCAGUCGGUUUUCAUGCUCAAUUAUCAUCCCUGCAAGCAUUCUCCAUCUGUGUUGCCACUCUGCAUGCUACUGAGGCCUCCCCCUCUGGGCGGGAGAGGAGAGAACCGACACUUGAAUGUGAUGUACUCAAGGUAUCCACCGAGGAGGAAAUCAAGAGCAUGGUAGAUGCAAUAGCAGAGCUAGAGAAGUCCAAAGUCAAGAAGAUGGAACAAGUUGUGCCAUCUUUUGUACUCAACCCACCAUUCUCUCCAAUAGCUCGAGUGUAGGCUUCUAAACGAGCAAUGACGACUAAGAAAAAUCUUCGAGGAAGUGGAAAUCCGUGAGGGCAAGCUUGAAGAUAGAGAUGGUUUUGUUUGUGAUAUAUCACUGCAUUCUUUGAUGGUAUAGUCAGCAGCCUUUCUUGGUGGCCAAACUUGAAGAUAAGACUACACACAUUAGGAGUAGUGGUCGAAGAGAAGUGUGUAACUUUGAGGUGUUCAUUCUUGGUUACUGCUGAAUUGCUGGUAGAAUUGGAGAUGUUUUAUUAGUAUUAAUGUAUUAUGUCACAUGUAUAAAGUUAUAGGGGAGUGUACAUGUAGAAUGUAUUGUAGUACAAGAUGAAAUACCAUAUGGUGAUAUACCCGACCCGACCCGACCCGACCCGACUGCCGUGACUCAAAAAUGCUCCUUUCCUUCUCUACGGGCAUUGUAAUUGGAGCUGGACUUCCCGUGCAUGGUGAGAUCGGAGAAGAAGACGACGGGAGGAGGUGCGUGCAUCCAAGUUUUUGUUCGGCAUCUAUUUUGUAGCAAAUGUUUAUUGUAAGUUUGCAGAUUGAACUUUACAAUUUUAUAUGAA